CUAAGCGCUGGUUUGGGAACUGUCUGCACUCUAACAACGGCCGAGGUGGUCGGAUUGUCGAUGGAUGACUUUGUAACUUAACUGAGGGUUAGGCAACCUAUCCUGAUUCUGGUCUCUCUUCGAGCUAGUCCGACAUCAUGCUUAAUCCUAGGAAGCCGGCCGUUUCCUGUGCUUGCUUACAGUUCUCGACUGAGACCGGCAGGCAAGGUCUCCGCCCGCAAGGCUACCCUCACCUGUUCCCCCGAACACGACUACGGGGUUCCCCGGCUUCUCAGAUACCUGGGUAACUCAUACUGGACAAGGCACAUCGUACGCCACCCCAUGCAGGACCGGAAGCGAUCUGCAGCUAACCUACAGCAUCCCAGUCCCAGAUCACCCGUCCAUGGUGCAUCCUUCUCGUUGCCCGCCAACUGCCACUUCCACUGCGCUGGGAUGGCCCUAGACAGCACGCUAAUCCGGGCCGCCAGUCAAGAGCGGUUCCUGAACCAUUGCCGGCCGCCCAUUCACGACUUGGCGAGUCUGACCCCGUCUCCGAUCGAAUUGACCAAUCUCUCGACAUGACACAACUGCAUUUGCCAGCCCGAGCCCAACGAUGGCAAGCAUAGAAGCAGCCUUCAUUGUGAGAUUCAUCAUGAGACGUUUCCCGCCGGCGCGGCCACGGCUAGCUAGAUCGGACGGGAGUGCCGUGCUGCCAGAUCACUUCUUGUCAUGGAAACAGACCUGCAGCGCCAAAGUGUCUGUUCCCCUUUGCACGGUGGCGUGAUAUGCUCCAAAGAGGCCACCAAAAACGUUGACACGACCGUUAUACGCAGUUUCUCGACAACGGAGACUGCAACGCGUGUAAGAAGCU